AUGAGACAAGAAACAGAUUAAAAUAUGAGCAAUUAAGAUGUAAACUAAUCUUAAGAAGUGAUAGUUUAAAAGGUCUAAUAAUAAAUAAUUUAAAAUCCAAUCGAAAUAGCAUGGAGAAAUUUAAAUGUUUAAGCCACCAUAGAAUCAAAGCAAGUUAUUGAUGGUAAGACAAAAAAAAUUAAAUAGGAGAAAGUUAUAUUAAAUAAUGUAUCUGGCAUUUCAAGACCUGGAUAAUUUACUGCCAUUUUAGGGCCAUCUGGAUCUGGAAAAACUACGCUUUUAAACUUCUUGUCUGGAAGAUUAGUCACUAAAAAUUUAUCGAUAUCUGGCGAACUCUAUCUUAAUGGUGAAAGUAUUUAAAGCAUUGAAGAUUACAGUGACUAGAUAGCUUACGUUAUGCAAGAUGAUAUAUUAUUAGCAACAUUUACCCCAAGAGAAUCUUUCUAGUUUAUGGCUAAACUCAAAUUGCCGCAUAAGUCAGAUUAAGAAAGAAAUGAAAUAGUUGAAAAUUUGAUUCAAGAGCUUGGUCUUUAAAAUUGCUCUAACACUUACGUAGGAAACCAUUUAAUUAGAGGUAUAUCAGGUGGUGAAAGAAAAAGAACUUCAAUUGGAGUAGAGCUACUUACAGAACCAAAAAUACUGUUUUUAGAUGAGCCUACCACUGGAUUGGAUUCCAGCACAGCAAAAAUAGUUGUAAACAUUCUAAAAUAAAUAUCUAGAAGAGGUGUAAAUGUAGUUUCGACUAUUCACUAACCUUCGAGCGAUAUAUUUAGCUUAUUUGAGGAAGUUUUAUUAAUUGUCGAAGGGAAUAUUAUAUAUUAAGGAGAAGUUUAGAAUUCUGUUUAACAUUUUUCUAAAUUAGGAUAUGAUUGUCCUAAAUCUUAUAACCCUGCUGAUUAUUUUAUGAAAUUAAUGAGUGAAGGGGGGAUUGUUGCUGAAAAUAUAGAUGGAUAAAUUGAAGAAGAAUAAUAAAUUAAAAAUGAGUUUAAAAAUAGAAUUGAAACAUUUAUUUAAGCAUAUAAUUAAGAUGUAAGAGAUACUUGCUAAAUAAUUUUAAAGGAUCCAGUACAAAAAUCAUAAACACACAUGCAAUCUUCUUUUUAUCAAUUUUACUUACUUUUAAUGAGAGCUUUAACUCACCAAAUAAGAAAUAAAUUUGAAUUGAUACUGAAAACAGUUCAAUCUCUUGUAUUUGCAAUUGUGUUUAUUAUAGUAUUUAAUAAUCUUGGAAGUGGUUUUUAAGGUAUUUAAAAUCGUAAUGGUGCUAGCUUUUUUAUUACUUAAGCUUAGGCUUUCUCCUCUAUUAUGGGUUCAAUAGCAUCAUUUAGCUCAGAGAAGCCUUUAUACUUGAGAGAAAGAGCAAAUCGCGCCUAUGGUUCAAACGCAUACUUCUGGGGUAGGAGCUUAUCUGAAUUACCUAUGUAGAUAUUUUAUCCUGUUUUGUUUUUAAGUAUUACUUAUUAUUCGGUUGGGCUGAAUAGUUCUGAGCCAUCAAAGUUUUUUACAUCUGUUUUGAUAUCUAUUCUGACAUUUUGGUAUGGGUCUUCAUAUGGAUUUUUAAUUUCGAUUUUAUGUCCAAAAUUUGAAGUUGCUAUGGCAUUUGUUCCUGCUACUAUUAUCCCAUUAAUGGUAUUAAGUGGAUUUUUUGUAACUAUUUCAACUGUACCUAUUUUUUGGAAGAUCAUUUCGUACAUAUCUAUGUUUAGAUAUGGUUAUGAAGCUUAAUGCAUUAACGAAUUUACUGGUUAGAGUUACUUUACACCUUAAGGUUAGCCAAUAAAUCCUUUAUAAAUACAUGACUUUAAUACAACCUUGACUGAGGACUGUAUUAUAUUGUUUUCAUUAGGUUUAUUUGUGAGAAUACUAUGUGUGAUAGGAUUACAUUUCAUUUCAAAUCCUAAAAGACCUAAAUUAACUGUUAAAUAGUUAAGUGAUUAAUAGUCUUGA